UUCUCCAGCCGGGCUCAUUGGAGCUGCGCACUUGGCUCGUUACGCACGCUUCCAUUUCCACUUCCACUUUGCGCUCCUUUGGAUAUUCACACCGGCGGGUUUCGUGGUUUUUUUUUCUCUUGCCAUACACCGUUUGCCAAAACUUGGUGCACUAACCACACCGGAUAGCUGAGCGCGGGCCAUUCAAGGCGAUGCUGUGCGUGCUGCUGUUACCUGUCGCCGCUUUUCUGCUACGCGCGGAGGCGGCGAUCGGCGUCAUCAACAACAACAACAACAACAACCACGACAACAAUAACAACAACAACAAUCCGAACACGGCGGACACGGACAAGUGGAUCAGCGACAAGGACAAGUACUGGAGCAAGUUCCGUGACGAGGUUGAGGAUGAUUACUUCAGGACUUGGAGCCCAAGCAAAGCACAAGACAAAGAGCCAGAAAACCGGCCCAGGCGACAUAGGGAUCCAGGAUCCAAAACACACCCAGUACAGGCAAAAUGGAGGACUGAUGAUGGUUUGGAUAUUACUAAAGAUCCUUGCAUGAAGGUGCACUGUCCUCCCAACAAAGUAUGUGUGAGUCAUGACCUCCAAACGGCCAUCUGCACCAAUCACAAACCUCUACAGCACAGUAUUAAGCCACGGAAAGGCAGUCAUCUCCAUAAGCACUGGAUGGGUGCAGUGAGUCAUGAGAAGUGUAGACCUUGUCCUGUGGUUCAUCCUAGUCCAGUGUGUGGCUCAGAUGGUCACACCUACUCUUCGAAGUGUAAGCUGGAGUUCCAGGCAUGUGUUUCGGGAAAGAGCGUCUUAGCGAAGUGUGAAGGACCAUGUCCCUGCCUGCCUGGACAGGAAGUCUUCAAGCCACACACUGAAAAGAAUGCUUGCAGUGAUGCUGAUCUAAGGAGUUUGGCCUCCAGACUGAAGGAUUGGUUCGGCGUGCUGCACCUGGAUGCCAAUCGAGAUCUGAAGACUUUGGCGAAUGACAACGGUCAAGGACGUUUUGACACCAGCAUCCUCCCUAUCUGUAAGGACUCUCUUGGUUGGAUGUUCAACAAGUUGGACAUGAACUACGACCUCUUGCUUGACCAGUCAGAGCUCAGUGCCAUUUAUCUGGACAAGUACGAGUUGUGUAUGCGCCCACUCUUCAACUCAUGUGACUCCUUUAAGGAUGGGAAGCUUUCCAACAACGAGUGGUGCUACUGCUUUCAGAAACCAGAUGGUCUGCCCUGUCAGAAUGAAAUAAAUAGGAUUCACACUCAAAGCCGACGGAAGUCUCUCAUAGGAUCAUACGUCCCACGAUGUACCGAGGACGGCUACUUUAAAGCCACACAAUGUCAUGGCAGCACAGGCCAGUGUUGGUGUGUUGAUAAAUAUGGCAAUGAGAUUGCAGGCUCCAGGAAACAAGGCAACCCAAUCUGUGAGGAGGACCAGGAGACCUCGGGGGAUUUUGGCAGUGGAGGAGCAGUCAUUCUUCUCGAUGACCAGGAGGAGGAGGAGCCUCCACAAAACAGGCGGCGCAGACAGAAGGAGAAGCGGGGCAGGCUCCGCCCCCGUGGGGCUAUUGAUGACGAUGAAGACGAAGAGGACGACAAAGAUGAUGAGAUUGGCUACAUAUGGUAGCUCCACCCCCAUCUCCCAUUGGCCAACCAGGGACCCCGGUUGUAAUGCACAGUUCUGAAGCCAUUCCAACCCCACGAUCUGGAUCUGAAUCUUAACCACGUCAAUAACUAUAACUUGCAUCACCUGUAUUCUGUUUCUUUUUUAAUUCAAUGUUUUUUGCUUGUAUCACAUUUUCAGUCUGUUCUAAACAAUAUAAAUAAUUAAAAACUCAUAGUUGCUUUAACACAUUCUGUAUCUAGAAAUAGCAACCAUAUGCUCUCAUUCUUUUCUUUAAUUACCGGAAUCAACUUUUUGUGUUUAGUUUUUUUUCUUUCUUUGUGUCUCUCUCUCUUAUUUUCAUCCAUAGAGCUCCUAAAGCCAUUUGAGAGCUGCGGCUGUAAAUAUUUCUUUUUUCUCUUCAGACAGAUGAGACGCUACGUCUCCCUCCAUCCCAGAGUCUCUCACUGGAGCCUUCUAGAAGAUGCCUACAAGUUCUUGAAGGUCUUCAAAUGUGUUAGAAUGUCAGUAAGUACGUAAAUAUAUGAUAGUAAAAGUGGGCGAGGAUAGGGAAAGGUUUUGGUGUGUUUUACGAGGCUCUAGUGAGACCCUUGAUGGGCCUAUGCAUGUUCCCCACUGUGGAGGUGAGAAGAAGGUGGUUUUUUUUGUUUUUUUCCCAGCUGGUGGCUAAUAAAAAAAAAAGCCAAUGAGCAUUUUAUUUUGUAAUACUGCUGUUGUCUGCUGACGCUCUGCUUCGUUCUGUUGCUGGAUGGUCGCCACAGUGCUACCACAGACCUCUAUUAACAAAUGUUUUUAUUCCACUGUACAGUGUGGUGCGGUGAUAUCAUGGUAGAGCAUCUAAUCAAUUAUCCUACAAGUACUAGUGCUGAAUUUGGGUAUCCCCAUUAAAGAAAACCACACAGGCAGACAGAAAUGGUUGACUGUUGAGAUGUGAUUUGUCACUUUAAAAAAUAAAUAAAUAAAUAAAUAAAUAAUGUUUUAAAUGA